AUGACUCGCAGAACCAAGAGCGCCGCCCGCAAGGCCUGGGAGAGGGCCGCUGAGGAAGGAGGCGCCAAGCUGCAGGACGUGGAGAAGACGAUGGGCGAGCUCAACAUCAAGAAGGAGGGGGAGGGGGAGGGUGAGGAGAAUGAGAAUGGCAACAACGGAGGAGGCGCCGAUCUUCACGACAUUGAGGAGAUGAUGAUCCAGUUGAAUAUCAAGAGGGAGGAUGUCGUCGACGGCAGCAACCACAACGGCCAUGAGCAGAAUGAUGAUGCGAUUCUGGAUUGUGUUGAGCUGAAGGAGGCGUUGGAUGACCUCAAGAACCCCAAGAGCGUCGAUCCCAAUGAGACGAAGGCGAAUGGCGAGACCAGCGCACCAAAUAUGGACAGGAAGCUGACCCAGAAGGAGGCGGCGAACCUCCAGACGAACCUCGUCGCGCGCUGGGAGGAGUACUUUGGCAAGAGAGAGCUGGCUGACUGGCAGCGUCUCUGUGGUGAUCUGGGUCUGGACACAGACUUGCCUACCAAGACCCAAUGCCGAAAGGCCCUGAGGACGGUCAACGUCAGCAUCAAGCAGUUCCUCAGCGUCGACAACCGGCCUAACGACGUCGAGUUCUUCAAGAGUCCCUCACAGCUUGGAAGAUAUUGCCGCAAGAACAAGAUGUUCAUGUCUAGCAAAGAGCUUCCCAAGGGCGAUCCGCUCCGCUCCCUACGACGCAAGAUGAGAUUUUGA